AUGCUUGAUAAAGUAGUUUACGAUUCGCUAGUUAAAAUUCGCCAGAAUUAUUUGCAAUUAAACGAGCAGUUAAACGACCCAGCGGUGGUCAGCGACGUCAAAAAAUACCGGCAAAUAGCCCAAGAAAUCGCCCAAAUCAGCGAAGUUGUGCAAGUUUUUAACGACUACCUAGUUGUUUUUGAAAACUACCAGCAAGCUAAAGAACUGCUGGCCAUAUCCAAGGACGAGUCGAUCGCGGCGCUUUCAAAGCAGGAAAUGAGCGAAGCGCUCAAAAAACUGACCGAUCUCUCCCAGCAGUUAAAAGUUUUGCUUCUGCCCAAGGACCAAGACGAUGCGCGCAACGUGAUCGUCGAAAUUCGCGGCGCGGCCGGCGGACAAGAAGCCAACAUUUUUGCCGGCGAUUUGUUUGAAAUUUACAAAAAGUGGGCCGCUUUGCACAGCCAAGUACUGAAACCGAUCGCGGUCCAAAGAUCAGAUAGCGGCGGUUUUACUUUAGUUGUUUUUAGUGUCAAGGGCACCAACGUUUACGCCCAGCUCAAGUACGAAACGGGUGUCCACCGCGUUCAGCGCAUUCCUUUAACCGAGACGCAGGGACGAGUCCACACUUCGACGGCGACGGUAACGGUCAUGCCCGAAAUUGACGACCUGAUCGAAGUUAAGAUUAACCCCCAAGAUUUAAAAAUUGACACUUACCGCGCUUCGGGCGCCGGCGGUCAGCACGUCAAUAAAACCGAUUCCGCGGUCCGGAUCACCCAUUUGCCGACUAACAUCGUCGUUCAGUCCCAAGACGGUCGCUCCCAAAUCGCCAACCGUGAUUUAGCGCUCAGCAUUUUAAAAGCUAAACUUUACCAACUUGAAAUCAGCAAAAAAGAAGAGCAGGAGGGCGCCUACCGUAAAUUGGCCGGCACCGGCGCACGUUCGGAAAAAAUUCGUACUUACAACUAUCCGCAAGACCGGGUGACUGACCACCGGAUCAACUUUUCCACUUCUUUAAAAGGUGUUUUAAGCGGCAAAAUUGACCCGAUCGUGGAAGCUUUAAUCGCCGCUGACCAGUCGGAGAAAAUGCGCGAGGCCGUCAAACCGUCCGUAGCCAUGGCAAAAAGUAAGCGGUUAAAUCGCUCGUUGCCAAGGUUCCCAUAG